UCAGAAAACCACCCUCCAUUUCAUUCUGGAGCCCGGAGGUUACACCCAGGCAUCACAAAAGCUUCUUUCCUCACAACAUUAACUGAUUUCCUCAUUCUCCACCCUACCAAGGUCAUGGAAGAUUUAGAGGAACCAUUAUUUGAAGAAUUUGAUAAUUAUUCCUAUGCCUUGGAAUAUUACUCUCCAGAGUCUGGUAUGGAGGAAAAAGUCCACCUGGGAAUUGUUCACUGGGUCUCCCUGGUGUUAUGUGGUUUAGCAUUUGUCCUGGGAAUUCCAGGAAAUGUCACUGUCAUUUGGUUCACAGGAUUCAAAUGGAAGAAGACAGUCACUACUCUCUGGUUUCUUAAUCUAGCUAUUGCGGAUUUCAUUUUUGUUCUCUUCCUGCCCCUGUACAUCUCCUAUGUGGCCAUGAAUUUCCACUGGCCCUUUGGCAUCUGGUUGUGCAAGGCUAAUUCCUUUAUUGCCCAGUUGAACAUGUUUUCCAGUGUGUUUUUCCUAACAGUGAUCAGCCUGGACCGCUAUAUCCACCUGAUUCAUCCAGUUUUGUCUCAUCGGCACCGAACACUGAAGAACUCUCUGAUUGUUAUUAUAUUGGUCUGGCUUUUGGCUUCUCUAAUUGGCGGUCCUGCACUGUACUUCCGGGAUACUCUGGAGCUCAAUAACCACACUCUUUGCUAUAACAAUUUCCAUGAGCAUGAUCCUGACCUCACCCUGAUGAGGCACCACAUUCUGACUUGGGUGAAAUUUAUUGUUGGCUACCUCUUCCCUUUGCUAACAAUGAGUAUUUGUUACUUGUGUCUCAUCUUCAAGGUCAAGAAGCGAAGCAUCCUCAGCUCCAGUAAGCAUUUCUGGACAAUCCUGGCUGUGAUCAUGGCCUUUUUGAUUUGCUGGACUCCCUAUCACCUGUUCAGUAUUUGGGAGCUCACUAUUCACCACAAUAGCUAUUUCCACCAGGUGUUGCAGGCUGGAAUCCCCCUCUCCACUGGUUUGGCAUUCCUCAAUAGUUGCUUGAAUCCCAUCCUUUAUGUCCUAAUUAGUAAAAAGUUCCAAGCUCGCUUCAGGGCCUCAGUUGCUGAGAUACUGAAGUACACGCUAUGGGAAGUCAGCUGUUCUGGCACAGUGAGUGAGCAGCUCAGGAACUCUGAAACCAAGAAUCUGUCUCUCCUGGAAACAGCCCAAUAAGUUUACUUUUCCACAAAUCAGUACCAGGUUUUUGUGUUGGUCCCCUGACAAAUGCUUCCAGUUUAAAUUUGGUU